AUGGGUGUCCGAGAGUUGAAACAAGAAUCAAUCAUAGCAGAUAAUGCAGUCAACCUCAACAGCGAUCUUAUGAGGGAAACUUGUGAAAGGUUCAAGAUAGCUCAUCGAAAUUCCACAAUUUACCGGCCACAGAUGAAUGGAGCAGUUGAGGCCGCAAAUAAGAAUAUCAAGAAGAUUUUGAGGAAAAUCGUAGGCAGUCACAGGCAAUGUUGUAAUACAUGCCGAGGUGGAAAUACCAUCUUUAAGGAUUAUCUAAGAGGUUGGUCUGGACGAUGCAAAAUGGAUCGUAGCAAGCAUGAACAUUUGAUGUUCAUCGAUGAAAAGAGGAUGGAUGCAGUUUGUCAUGGUCAACUCUAUCAGAACAAAAUGACCAAAGCAUUCAACAAGAAAGUCAAACCUCGACAGUUCACACUGGGGCAGUUAGUAUUGAAAAAGAUCUUUCCUCACCAAGGAGAAGUCAAAGGGAAAUUUGCACCGAAAUGGCAAGGACCUUACAUGGUUCGUAGAGUACUCUGGAGGAGCAGUAAUCAUAGCGGAAAUGGACGGUAG